AUGAGUAAGCAAAAGAAGUUUGAUUUCUUUUUAAAAAAUCCAAAUACUAGUGUUAUUACUACUGCUGAGGAACCAACACCAUCAACGAGUGAUGUCACAUCUUCGUUGGAACCAAAACCGAAGAAACCGAAAAUUCGUAAGUACGAUCCCUCAUUCCUAGGAUUCGGAUUUACAUAUAAAGAUGAUUGCCCUCAAUGCGUUAUUUGCUCGGAAAUUUUAACUAAUAGUUCUAUGGCUCCAGCAAAACUUCUAAGACAUUUGGAAACAAAACACCAGCAGUAUAAGAGUAAGUCAAUCGAUUUUUUUAAAAGAAAAGAGAGUGAAUUGAAACCUCAGAAGACACUAAUUCGAAAUGCGGGAACUGAAAAUGAGUUAGCCCUUWAAGCGUCAUUUUUGAAAUCACUUCGCAYUGCAAAAUCAAAAAAAAAUUUUACCAUAGGAUAA